AUGUCGUCCAAAAAAUUUUCAUUUUCUUAUCAUUCUUUCCUUGCCACGUGGUCUUUGGUUUCGAAUAAAUUCAAGAACGAAGAAUGCCCGUCGAAGUUGAUCUCACAUCCAACUAGAGAUGAUAUAAGCAAAUAUCAAAAGUUAAAUGCAACCAUCGUUGGCAUAUCAGUCGACUCCUUAUUUGCACUCGGUAAAUUUCGUGAAGAACAAAAGCUUCCGUUCGACCUCUUAUCCGAUUUCAACAAAGACGUUGCAACAAAAUACGAUUCACUCUAUGAACAAUUUCCGAAGUUUGGUUUGAAAGGUGUUACCAAACGCAGUGCAUUCGUUAUUGAUAAACAAGGUGUUGUUAAAUAUGCUGAAGUGUUAGCUGAUGCAAGCAAAGUACCCGAUUUCGAUAAAAUCAAAGAAGUAUUAGAAAAUUGCGGCCAAUGA